UAAAAUGGAAUUGAAUGAGGAGAGAAUGGAUUGUAGACUGAUGGAUUUAGAUGUUGGAGACAUGAAUGAAUUUAUGAAUGGAUUAAAGAGCUGUGAUGACGGUCUGGAGACUAGUGGUGUGAAAGUGUCCUUUAUAUCACAGAUAUUCGAGAAAUAUUACUUUCUAAUGGAGUAUCAUAGAGACAAAAGGGCUGACAACUUCCCCCUGAUGUCCUCUGUAUGGCCGACUCUAAUGAUCUGCAUAUCCUACAUUAUAAUCGUCAAGUGGGCUGGACCCAGAUUGAUGAAGGAUAGGAACCCCUUAAACAUCAAGGGUUGGAUGCUUCUCUACAAUAUCUUCCAAACUCUCUUCUCUCUCUGGGGGUUCAUUCAAGGAUGGAAAUUUUACGUUUCCGGUUCCUACAGUUGGACUUGUGAACCAGUAGACUACUCAACUAAUCCAGAGGCCUUACGUGCUCUGAAUAUGGCUUGGUGGUUUUAUAUCUCCAAGUUCAUUGAUCUAUUGGACAGUAUCUUCUUUAUAUUGACCAAGAAGUUUUCUCAUCUAACCUUCCUUCAUGUUUUCCACCAUGGGAUCAUGCCUUUCCAGACCUGGUGGGGGGCCAGAUUUGUAGGAGGGGGGCAUGGUGGAUUUGCCGCAUUUUUUAACUCUGGAGUUCACACAGUGAUGUAUCUGUACUAUCUCCUGGCUGCAUGUGGACCUAAGGUCUCUAAGUACCUCUGGUGGAAAAGGUACCUGACCAGCCUACAGAUGAUUCAGUUUGUUUUUGUAUUCCUCCACGCUGUCCAACCUCUCUACCUAGACUGUGAUUAUCCUAAACUUGUUCCAAAGGUUCUGAUUGCUAACGCUCUGAUCUUCUUCUUCCUUUUCUCAAACUUCUAUUUCUUCGCGUACAUCAAGAAAAAGAAAUUAAACUAAAACAUCAAGAAAAAUAAAAAUAAAUUAAGUGUAAAAACCAAUAAAUUUCACGAAAAUACAAAGAAACAGUCAAUAAUCUAAAAAUCAACAAGAUAAAAAAUGAGGAAUAGAAGGAAGACUGUUAAAAUCAAGUUAUGAUUUUAAAUAGUUCAAUGGGCGUAAAACAUGGCAAUUGUGCGGUGCCCACGGAUGACAAAUUUUUUAAAAUAGAUGCGCGUGGUAGAUUUUCCCAUUCCAAUGUGUCCCGUAAUAACUAAUCUAAUUUUCAGCUCAAAAUCUACAAAACUAAAGUUUGAAAAAGACCUACGUAGCUUCAAAAUAUUUUUUUUCUUGAAUUAUUAUUUAA